AUUUCACUUUAAAAUUGUACCAAAAAGUUUUAAAUUGACAUUUAUUUUAAACGCUGACGUACGUUUGUACGCAUGCGCGUUUGUGACUGUCGUUCUGCUCGUAUGUCGUCUGUCAAUUGUUGGUAAAAAUUUAUAAAAAUAGUAUCACAUACCUAGAAGAAAAAUGUGUGAAGAAAGUCGUGAGUGUGAUGAAACUCCAUCCCCAACAACAAAAACUGCAGAACUUAUCCCUGGUUACAGUUCUGUUGAACAGUUCACAAAGGAUGGCUUUAAAACGUUAAUGGAAGCUAUAAAACACUCAAAUGCGUUACCAUCAGCUCGCGACUGGGAUUUUUAUAACACAUCGGAUUCCUUUAAAAAAAUUAUAAAUGCAGAAGGGAGUUCUGUGUUGCAUCUAAUGAACCAAGUAAUGCGAUGCAAUGAAAUGGAUAGCAAUAUCAGAAACAGGGUUUUGGAUGAGAAAAUUGAAUUGAUUAUAGAGGCGAAUGAUACAAUUCUUGAGAAGGUUGCGAAUAACGUUGAUGAAUUGAAUGGGAUACGUAAGACAGUUGCUGCGCCUGUUGAGUUACAGACUGUUAGAGCAGAGCUACCUAUUAAUGGGUCUUGGAACAGGCCAAGUGUCGCUACGUUUACUGUUAAUUCAACAGUUUCACAAACCACUGAAAAGAAUUGUAUUAAACUGAUAACAGCAAAGAAUAUUAUAAGGCCCCAAAAGCUUUUCAAGGAUAAAGUUGAUAAUAGGAAUAAAGUUCCUUGGUUUCCAAGGAUUACAGAUAAACCUAAUUCACUUAAGCCGUUGGCAAUAUUCUUGGAAGAAUGUGAGGACCGGCAAGAGUUUUCUCAUCCUUACGAGUUUGAAUUAUUUCGGUUUGCUCCUACACCCGCACAGCUGGUUGACGAAAAAUCCGAACCACCAAAACCUCCGUCAGAAACUCCUUUGAUAGAAAUAACCACAGCUGAACAACUCGAUGAGUUAGUAGAAACUUUGCGCUCCUGCAAAGAAUUCGCCGUCGAUGUAGAACACCAUUCAUACAGAUCAUUCAUGGGAAUCACUUGUCUUCUACAAAUAUCGACUCAAGACAAAGAUUAUCUUAUAGACACGUUACUUUUACGUGACAAACUUCACGUACUUAAUGAAGUUUUCACUAAAAAUACGAUCGUUAAGAUAUUUCAUGGAGCAGAUAACGAUAUUGAAUGGUUACAAAGAGAUUUAUCCCUUUACGUUGUUAACAUGUUUGAUACUCACCAAGCGGCCAAACUGUUGCAAUAUCAGGCGUUAUCGUUGGCUUUCUUGAUGAAGAAAUUUUGCAAUAUUCUUCCAAAUAAACAAUUCCAGUUGGCCGAUUGGAGAAUAAGGCCGCUGCCGGAUGAAUUGAAACAGUACGCCAGAGAAGAUACUCAUUAUUUGAUUUAUAUCUACAAAAUGCUGAAGAAAGAGUUACUGUCGAAAGCUAAUAAAGCCGACAAUUUUCUGAAAUCAGUAAUAGAUCGCAGCACUGAGAUUUGCAAAAAAAGAUAUUUCAAACCGAUUUUACACGACGACAGCCACUUGACUAUAUACAGGAAGUGUAAAAAAAUGUUUGAUAAUCGCCAGUUGUAUGCUUUGAAGGAGAUUUUUGCUUGGCGCGAUAAUUUGGCACGGGAGGAAGAUGAAAGCCCGGUAUAUGUAUUGCCAAAUCAUAUGAUGCUUCAGAUUUCUGAAAAUCUGCCUCGAGAAAUGCAGGGCAUUUUAGCUUGUUGCAAUCCUGUCCCACCUUUGGUAAGGUCUAAUUUGCUUCAAUUGCAUCAGAUUAUUUUAAAGGCUCGUGAACAACCAUUGGAGAAGGCUAUUAUGAAAGACACGACUGGACGUGGUGUCUUGAAAAAAGUCUCUAAGGUGAAUGUAGAUAGUGCUCUGCAUUGUCCACACGACUUGUCAAAAACUCCCGAGUUUCGAGACGAUUUACCAACUUUAUUGGAUAAUGAACAAUUUCAAUCAGACAUUCGAACUGUAGCUAACGUCAGUGUAGCUAUCGAGAAACCUUCUUCUUACUCCAUUUUUGACGAUUCGAGUGAUACUGAUGUUUUUAAUGAACGCAAAACCUUCAAGAAACUUCGAGGCUUUGCGUAUUUCAGUCCAUACGAACGUUAUAAAUUAGUGAAGCCUUUUGUUGUGGCUGAGGAUCAAGCGGCACAAGCACAACAAGAAGAAACCAAGAAAAAUGUAGAAAGUACAAGCGGUACGAAGGACGAUAAAACUGAGGAGAGAACGGAUGAAGAAAGAAUAGCUUCGAUAAGGGAUCACUUUGUCCAGCUGUCUAGAAAGUUCAGUGCAGAGCUACAAGCCCAGAAAGAGAUAGAAGAUAAAGAGGAAGAACGUCAGAAGCAGCUUUCUCUGAUGGAAAUGGGCGGUAGCAACAAAAGAAAAAGAGAAGAUGAAUUUGACUACGCAGAAGACGCACUACCCGCAGAAACGAAUUUCCAUUGUCCUAGACCCAACAUGAACCAUAAUUCUCAAUUUUAUGGUCGUAGAAACAAAGGAAAGAAAAGAAAAUUUGACGAAAUUAGUGAUAAUACCCACGAACAGAAGCAAGAAGUUCACCAAAAGAAAAAGAAAUUUAAUAAAAAUCGAAAUCAGCGUAAGCAACAACAGGCAAAGAAUAAUCAACAAAUUAGUCAGAAUAGUCAAAAUCAGAAUUAUAAGCGAGAAAUUAAAGAAGAAAAAAAUUAUGGAGGUGGACAAAUGGGUGCUCAAUAUUUUAAUCAAAAUCAAGCGCAUCAGAACAAGAAAGGUAAAAAGCAAAAUAAGAAACAGAAGGGUGGCCAAAUGCCAAAUCAACAGUACUAUAAUAAGCCAAAACAGAAUUUUACUAAGAGUAACGAAAAUGUCAACUUUACUCCGUACGAUUAUGCGUCGGUUGACUUCCGGCAGUUUCAAGGAGGCGCCGGAAGUGCCAACAGUGGCGUGCAGGUUAAGCACAAUUUUAAACAGAAGAAUAAUCGUAAAAUCAAUAACAAGAAAGGAGCCAAAUCUGCAAUUUUCCCCAAUCGGAAGCCAAAUCGUGGUGGCCACCACAAUAAAAAUUAUUAAAAACCGCAUUGUCGGUUAUUGUUUAUUUAAAUAAUUAUUAUACAUCUACUUUUUUAUUGUUCAAUAUAGAUGAAUAUAAAGUCUAGAAA